AUGUCCUUCAACUCUUCUAAGUUUGCAGACAAGGAAAAUGCCUUGAAACAAUCAUUGGGAUCAAAUAAGUCCAAUGUAAUUAAUGAAAAUACUUUUAAAGUUUCCAAACAACAAGUCCAAAACACUCAACAACAAAAACAACAAGGUCUUAAUCAACAACCAAGACGUAAUAGAGUACCAUUAGGUGGGAAAGAUCAAAAUAAAGCAUUCCCAACUCUACAGAGAUCCCAAUCGAGUAUUAGUGGUACUAAAAAUGAAAAGAUUUUACCAAAAAUCAAUUCAAGUAUUAAGCAACAAAGACAAAAACAACCUUUUUUGCAAAAAGCACCUUUUUUACAAAAAGCAAAUUCAUCCUUAGGAUUUUCCCAUAGUCAAAAUAAUAACGUUAUCAAUGAAAGACGUUCUCAAAUAAAGAAGGCUAAUCCAUUAAAGAAUAAUUUAUUUAAAUUUGAAGGAAAUCAAACAUCAUCAGAUGAAUUGGUUAAAAAAUCAAAUUUACCAGCCUUACCAAAGAUACAAAAUCUUGAAUCAACAAUCACUUUCAACACUCAACGUCUUCAUGCAAAUAAUAUUAUUAAUCUUGAUAUUAAUCAAAAUAACGUGGAUCCAGUUAAAUCUAGUAAACCAUUGAUUGAAAAAAAAUUUAUUAUUCCUCAACACUUAAUUGAUGAUCCAUUGAGUAUUGAAAUAACUCCAAUCAAAGAAGAUCCAUUACCAGAUAAACCAUUCGAUGUACCUCAUUUCACUAAUGAUGAUUUAGAAAUUUUUUCCAAAGGUUAUUCGAAAUUAACUAAAGAUAAUACUUAUGAACACCCUGAUAUCAAACAAAAUGAAAUUAAAUUAAAUUUUCAAGAUAUAAAUCUUGAUAAAGAAUUAAAAUUUGAUGAUAACGAUGAUAUUAAAUCGAUUGAUUUAAGCGAUCAACCUCGUCCUGAUAAUGUUGGUUUGACUGUUGAUGAACUAAAUGAUUUAUUAGAUUUUUAA